GAGUUGGAGUCUGCACACUUCUGCUUCCUGCUUGCACGUCCGGCUGCCUGCCUGCCUGCCUGCCUGCCUGCCUGCCUGCCCACCCGCCCGCCUGCCUACCUCACUCGCUGGCUUGCUUGCUGUUGUGGCUGAAAGUGAGAGGGACAUCGAAAGAGGACUCGUCUCGGCAUGGACCUCUGGUUGCGGCACUGAGCAGCGUGCAAGGAAUGACAACAGUUCACAUGGUCAUCAACUCCAGUUGCUGAGUCAGACAUCUGUGUUGUGUCUGUAAGAACAGUGCCACGCAAGGUGCCUUUUGUGUUGGGGAUAGCAAACGUCCGAGCUCGGGAACCCGCUAAAACAAGAUUGGUGACAGAAAGUGCCUUGUGAGACAGCAUCCCUACUUGAAGAUCUGUGAAAGUUUUGAAGAUUUCCUGAGUCCAUCUGCAGUCGAGACAGGACGCCCAGAAACGCUUACUUUAAGCCCUCAACUCCAAACUUCAGAAUAUCGCUUAUUCCUGUCUACAUCAGUUCAUUCACUUUUGGACGUUUUAGAGACUUUGGGAAAAACAAUUGAACUCAUCUCUGAGAAUGCUUCCUCUGCUUGGCCAGAGGUUUGAACUUGAUUCUUGCUGAGUGAUGAACAAUCCACUGUUUAAGUGACAAGCAACAGCAUUGUAGUCCCGUGUACUGCUCACAAACAAGACUGCAAGUUCAUUACCGCCACUUUGCCGUCUGCAACGACAAGUCAUUCAUUUAGCUGAAGCAAGUUUUUCGGCAGGUUUUUUAGCUGCAGACAUCAGCUGUUUUUCCUGGAAUCCUGUACCAGCUCCUCGGAAGACGUGCUGCCUCCUGAAAACAAGUGUGCUACAAACCAGCUAGCGACGCUGACAUGGCUCUAAACAUCGCUUCCAUUCGUGACACAAAAUGGCUGACCUUGGAAGUGUGUCGGCAGUUUCAGAGGGGGACUUGUUCACGCAGUGAUGAAGAGUGCAAAUUUGCCCAUCCACCUAAAAGCUGCCAGGUGGAAAAUGGGAGAGUGAUCGCCUGUUUUGACUCUUUAAAGGGCCGCUGCACACGGGAGAACUGCAAGUACCUACACCCACCUGCCCACCUGAAGACCCAACUAGAGAUCAACGGGCGUAAUAACCUGAUCCAGCAGAAGACAGCAGCCGCCAUGUUGGCUCAUCAGAUGCAGUUUAUGAUUCCUGGCACCACCAUGCAACCGGUGCAGACCUUUCCAGUUAGUCAAGGCCUGGGCUCCAGCGCAGGUUUGAGCUACACACCAUACCUGACUCCCAUGUCGCACAGCAUGGGCCUGGUGCCCACAGACAUCUUGCCCAGCACCCCAGUGAUCGUCCCAGGCAGUCCUCCUGUGUCGAUGUCUACAAGCUCCUCUGCCAACCAGAAACUGCUGCGAACAGACAAGCUGGAGGUUUGUCGUGAAUUCCAGCGGGGCAACUGCGCCCGCGGCGAGACCGACUGCCGCUUCGCCCACCCAAGCGACAGCCCCAUGAUCGACACCAGUGACAACACAGUCACCGUCUGCAUGGACUAUAUCAAGAGUCGCUGCUCCCGAGAGAAGUGCAAGUACUUCCACCCACCGGGGCACUUGCAGGCCAAAAUCAAGGCUGCCCAACACCAGGCCAACCAGACAGCAGUCGCCGCACAAGCCGCCGCCACGACAGCUGCGAUGACUCAGUCGACUGCCAAAGCAAUGAAGCGACCCCUCGAGGCAACUGUAGACCUGGCGUUUCCUCACAGCGUCCUUCAGCCGCUACCAAAGAGACCGGCACUGGAGAAGAGCAACGGUGCCAGUUCCCUGUUCAACCCCAGCUUCUUGCACUACCAGCAGGCCCUGGCCAGCGCUCAGCUCCAGCAGCCAGCUUUCUUUCCCACAGGGUCAGUCUUGUGCAUGACGCCUGCUAGCAGUCUUGUCCCAAUGAUGUACAGUGCUGCGCCUGCUACUGUCUCUGCAGCAACAACUCCUGCCACAAGUGUCCCCUACGCAGCAACAGCACCAGCCAAUCAGAUCAUCCUGAAGUAAACGCCACGGAGGGAGCGAUGUGGGAAGGAGCCGCACUGGGAAACCCACAACUGCUCCCGUGUAAAUACUACCUUACCUCUCCUGCAGAGGCAACCUGCAUGCUCAGAGUGUGACACUGAACUGCACUACCUGCAGUGUCGGCCUCACACACACACACACACACACACACACACACACACACACACACACCAUAUAUAGCGUAUGUCUUUCUAGGAAGAUCUUGUGUAGUCGCACACACCACACAGGUACCACAGUGGUCAUUGUAACCCAUUCUAUUUAUUUUAUGGUCCUGCGUUAGCAACACAUGGAUGUUUGAUUUGCACAAACAGUGCAUUCUACUCAAGUGGAAGUCAGAGAAAACCUGAGACUUGACGCUCUGCUCUCUUGAUGGCCUCCAGUGCUUGUUUUUCUGGGGGGUUUUUUGUCUUGCGGGCUUUGUGGGGCUCUCGUCGGCGCGAAGACCUCCAAUCUGAUCCGGAAGCAUUUUGCCAAAGUGGCUGCCGGGAGAAGAAUGUUCUUGGCGUUUUCCAAAGCCGCUUGGCUAACACACCAAUAACAACACAGCGUUGACUUGCGGAGGAGCAGCAAACACUGACUUCGGAGAAGCCCCAAGGCCGGGGUCCGUGCCAAUGGCUUAACCAAGCCUGUCGGGAGGGAUACCAAGCCAUGUGUGUGUGUGUGUGUGUGUGUGUGUUUUUGAGAACUGUCUGCCGGCAGACACAGAAACGAGUGGUUGAGUCGCUGACGAUGAUGCCGGCCCCCUAAUGGAGUGACGCCGGCGACUGGUGAGAAGGUGUUUGGUGGGGUUGAAGGGGUUUUUAAGUGCUAAACAAAAACUUUUGGUGCAUCGGACAACGCCGAAGACUUGAACGUGGACUUGGAGGGCUACUAUACCUUCGUGCGACCCCGCCAUCUCCGGCAAUCCUGUUUCAUCCUAGAAACUUGUAGAAGUGCCUAAACACGCUCACCAACCAACCACAUCUUGCAGACACGCUGGCCGCCAACCACUGACAUCGUGUUUGGCAAACUGUCCAUCGACAUCACAAGUGUCUUUCUGGAACUAGCUUUGUAGAAUGUUUGGACUUUCACGGCAUACCAUUAUUUCUUACUGGUAGUUUACAUGAGGAAUGACAGUUAAAAAAACAACAACAUGUGUUGUGAAUGUCUUUCACCUUUGUAACUUUCUUUUCACAGUCUGGUUCCAGAGUUGAAAGUUUGUGUUGUGUUUUCUUUCAACAUAUGCGUGAAUCAUAGCCCCCCAACACUCAUUAGCACUUCAAGCAAGUCGAGAUCAUGUUUAAUUUUUUUUCUGUUUUGUAAACAAUUUUUCUAUUUAAUUAUUUGUUACGCAAUGUUUAAAAUAUUACUUUUCGCCCAAAACAAUGUCAUUUCAUGGUGCUUGAUGCCUACCAUCGACAAUCCACAAUCAGACCUGAUAGGUUCUACUCUAUUUGAUUGUCCUCAUACAUUGAGAGAGUGUGUGUCUGUGUGCGUGUGUGUGUGUGUGUGUGUGUGUGUGUGUGUCAUAUUUGUGGCAGGGGAGUGUAAAGUUCUAUUUUGUUGUAAGUUAUGGUGUUACUCUUGUUCUAGAUAAAUGCUCCGAAAUGAAUGUAAUUUAUUGUGCAUGGUUGGAGGUCAUGUGACAAGCUGCUUUCGGGGCCUAUAAGCUACUGGACCUUUAUGGCCUUCUGGUAAGAAAACAUAACAAGGAAAAGUGAGUUGAUUGUGUUGUUGGAGUCAUAAUGUGUUGUAUAGAUGACAUUUUAGCGAGAGAGGGAGCGUGAGGGGGAAAAGAGAAAUCAAAAAGAUGUACUUUACACUCUAGUAUGCUAGUAUUUCAUAACAAUAUAAGUUGUUGCCGUGGCAACCAAACGUUGCAGUUACUAAAGUUUGGUAUUUUUGUAAAAGACAUUGUUUAGUUGACUUUUUUCUGUCGUUGUUUUUUUGUUUUGUUUUGUUGUUGUUGUUCUUUGCUAGAGCACUGUACAAAUGUUAGAUUGUAAAGAUAGUAACAUUUCUUAUUCUUCACGGAGAUUGUAACAAUGACAUUUCCACUAGCAAACAGCCCCUUAUAGUGCUGUCACUCAAUAAUAGACUCAAUAUCACAUAGACUAUAUGAUUAUAUCAAAAAGUAUAUAUGAAUAAAUAAGAACUAAAUCAUUUAUAAACGAUUGCUUUGUUCAUUAAGGACCUUCAGGAUCCACUCUAUGUUUUAUUCAAUGUAACACUUAAGGAUUGCACUUUUCAAGGCGUCAUGUUUCUGGAACAACAGCAGCUUCUACCAUCAGACAACCAAAAUGGGCAACUUGCUUUGGGGAGAAAAGUCCUUUUCUUCUAAGUCGGUGUGUGUAGGAGAUGACCUUGUUUGGUUUAACAAUGUUUUCCAAACGUCACCAUUGACUGACGGUUAAAAAAGCAACUUUUUGAGCAAGACACAUGGCCUUAAAUCCGUUUCUGUUUCUUCUUUACCCCCUGAGUUUGAGUUCAAAUAAAUAUUUUUUAAACUAAAGCCAUUCUAAUUCUAUGGAGGCCAAAGCGGGCGAAGGACACCAAACUGCUGUGACUUCAGAACUUGUCGUUCCCUGAUUUUGCCAGCAGAGGGCGCCAAAGCAGGAGGGGGCGGGGCACGGGGCGUGUGUUGUGUGACAUCAUUGCUGCUGUGCACCUCGACAACCGAACACACCCUCAUCCGAUAAUGUCAUCAUUUCUGAACGAUGUAUUCUUUGGAAUAUAUUUUGUGCUAUAAUAUGUUUAUAUUAGUCAAAUGUUUGUUCUUCGGUUCCAGCAAUAGUGUAAAAUCUAUUGAAAGAAGGAAAUAAAGAAAAGCAAAAGCUU